UGGCGUGAGGCGUGUUGCUGCUGCAGGACAAGGACAUUAGUACAUGGAAUGACAUUUGUGUAACGUUUGAUAACUUCCAAUUUCGAAAUAUUACGUGGGAUAUCAAAGUAAAACACCUGACUUGGAGGAUUAUUGUCUUACUAUCUGGUCAUUGCUAAACUGACUAAUAGCAGUUUCGAUCCAAUUCGCUUCUGACACAGCAGGUAUGCAUGCUGCUAACGUUAGCUAACCCAAUGUUGUGCUAAUCUAAGGAGUGUGUUAACCAUGGUGAUCUAACUGCUCGCUUAUCAACUAACUAACUAGGAAGCGAGCUAACGUUAGCUUGCGUUUUCUAACUAGAUUGAGGGGUCACUAUAGUCAUUAAUCAAUUAAUGUAUUUCCAUACAUACCAACUUCAAAGUUGAAGCAUGGUUCAUUUGUUUCUGGUCGUGUCUGCAAGAUUGUGUCAAUCAAACCAACCAAUCCCAUUGGGUUACCAACUGUUGUAAAUCAGCUCGAGCUCAUGUUAAUAAAGUCAUAGUAUUGUAUAUCAUUGAAACUACGAGAAGGAGCUGUGCUUGCAGUGUAUUCUGCCUCUACAAUCAUUAGUGAAUAUCGGUUGUCUAACCUUAUGACAAGAAGUCAACAAAUAUUGAUCCGGUUAACAGUACACUGCGGAGGCCGUUCACGGUAUAUCUAUGUAAUGUAUUAAGGUCACGGUUCUAGAGUUGUAGAAGAAACAAAACGAAAUUCGCUCCUAAUUAUGGGUGGUUGUCGAGUUCAAAUGAAGCAAAUGACAGUGUCUUAUUGGAAAGACUUCUGAGUAGCAAUUAUGAUCUUGUGGUUUGCUGUUUACACCACUUACUGUCAUAUGCUACUGACAUAGCUUUUUCGCGCUCCAAAAUAGCUUUCAAGUAGGGUCAAACUUCAAAGUUAAAGAGGACAGACAUGCAUCAAGUCUGUUGCUCCUAGCACUCGGAAGACCGUGUUUGUUGUGUCGAUGUUAUGUUCAUUCAGCUAAAAGUUGAAUAGUCAAAAACUGAAUCUGAAGUGGACAUUUGAAAAUGUCUUGAAUCAUUCCCACCUCAUUGAAGUUCUCUUCCAUAUGGAAUAUUAUCUCAUUAGAACUUGGGGGUUUUGUUUUCACUUUUACAAAUACUGUCUGUGAAAUUUCAUGGAUGCCAGAUCUAUCUGUCCUUCGUCAUGGUAUAGGCAUACAUGUAUGUGUCAUGCGUACCCUAUGUAUGCCUGUCUGGCAUGGCAGGGAAUGAUGGUAGUAUAUAGGUCUUGAUUUACAGUCUAGCAUUCUACGCAUGAACUCACAACUGUUCCUUGAGUAGCCUACACAUGCACACAACAGGCCAUAUGAUCAUAUGGACAUAUCAUUGAGAUGAUGGUCUAAAAAUGACUGUUCACCCUCAACUGCCCACCCUAACCCCUUCUCUUCAUCUAGAUGUUUUAUUGGGAUUGAUAGGGUAACGAGAAGAUAAAGAGCUGGUCCUUCCUUGGGGUUGCUGUGGAAUGGUGGUGUGGUGACUGUCUGGGGUGUCCCCUACAUGCCCCUGCCCCUGGUGAUUGGAGUUACAUAUACCCCCUGUUUGUGAAUGGCUACUUGUAGAGGGGGCAUCGCCUUGUGGGUGGGGUGUGUGAGGAGCCAUGGCAGCAGGCAACUAGUCAAGCAACAGUGCUGGAGUCUUGCUCAGGUAUUGUCUUGACAGACAGGUUUACAUUCAUUAAAUAUUUGGAUAAGAGCAAGGCUGGAUCCAGAUCUGUUACAGAUCUGGGACCAGGCUAUAUUAAGAGCACCUUAUCGAAAAUCUUUACUUGUCCUAUGUGAAUUUGCAGGCGCUGGAUGUGCAGUGGAGUGGACAGAUCCGGUCGCUCAGCAGCGUGUCGUGGGCCCUGGUUCCCCCCAACAGUCUGAGGUACCAGAACAUCAAGCAGCUGGCCCUGUCACACCCCUUCCACCAUGCCAGCCAGGGCCAACCCCACAGCCAGAGGCCCCCGGACCUGGACGAGGACUGGGAAGAGACUGUCAGCCUGUGUGUGCUGGUGCGGCCCGUCCCUGUGGAGUGUGAUGGCCAGCACACCCUGGUGGAGGUGCCUCUAUUUGGGCAGAUUAAACUAGGUGAGCUUCUGGCUCCGGGAGGACUCAGUAGGCCCGUGGAGUUCCUCUUCCCCCUAACCACGGUGGACGGGAGCCGAGAGGAUGACAUCAGCAUUGGGACGACUAAGGUUCAGGCAAGAGGUUCCAAGAUGAUGAUGAACGAGGGAGAGACGGAAACAGAAAAGAGGGAGAAAGGAUCAUUCCGGAGCCUUUUUGAGAUGGAAGGAUGUCCCGCUCCAUUUAUGUAUGGAUCUAGAUUCUACUGCUUCCACUGUCCAGGGAUGGAGCCGUUGCCUGGUUACGGGAACAAAUCUGGCCAUAUGAUUGGACUAGAGAAUGAGUUGUCACUGUUGCUCCACACCUCUCUGUAUAGUAGCUACACAGAGAGAGAGACCGUGCAGGAGGGUCACAGAGAGAGGAGAACGAGGAGAAACUGGCAUUGAUGUAUGAAAAGCUGAGGAUUGAGGUAAGAGAGGAGAAGAGGGGUUGGUUUGUUAGGGGAUGGCUGUUUGAUGGCAUACAGUGCAUUUGGUGAGUAUUCAGACCCCUUGACUUUUUCCACAUUUUGUUACAUUACAGCCUUAUUCUAAAAUUGAUUCAAUAAAUUUAAAUACUCAUCAAUCUAUACACAAUACCCCAUAAUGACAAAUGUAUAAAAAAUAUAAAUACCUUAUUUAAAUAAGUUUUCAGACCCUUUGCUAUGAGACUCGAAAUUGAGCUCAGCUGCAUCCUGUUUCCAUUGAUCAUCCUUGAGAUGUUUCUACAACUUGAUUGGAGUCCACCUGUGGUAUAUUCAAUUCAUUGGACAUGAUUUGGAAAGGAACACACCUGUCUAUAUAAGGUCUCACAGUUGACAGUGUAUGUCAGAGAAAAAACCAAGCCAUGAGGUCGAAGGAAUUGUACGUAGAGCUCCGAGACAGGAUUGUGUCGAGGCACAGAUCUUGGGAAGGGUACCCAAAAAUGUCUGCAGCCUUGAAGGUCCCGAAGAACACAGUGGCCUCCAUCAUACUUAAAUGGAAGAAGCUUGGAACCACCAAGACUCUUCCUAGAGCUGGCCGCCUGGCCAAACUGAGCAAUCGGGAGAGAAGGGCCUUGGUCAGUGAGAUGACCAAGAACCCGAUGGUCACUCUUACAGAGCUCCAGAGUUAUUCUGUGGAGAUGGGAGAACCUUCCAGAAGGACAACAAUCUAUGCAGCACUCCACCAAUCAGGCCUUUAUGGUUGAGUUGCCAGACGGAAGCCACUCCUCAGUAAAAGGCACAUGACAGCCCGCUUGGAGUUUGCCAAAAGGCACCUAAAGAACUCCGACCAUGAGAAACAAGAUUCUCUGGUCUGAUGAAACCAAAAUUGAACUCUUUGGCCUGAAUGCCAAGCGUCACGUCUGGAGGAAACCUGGCACCAUCCCUACGGUGAAGCAUGGUGGUGUCAGCAUCAUGCUGUAGGGAUGUUUUUCAGCGGCAGCGGCAGGGACUGGGAGACCUGUCAGGAUCGAGGCAAAGAUGAACGGAGCAAAGUACAAAGAGAUCCUUGAUGAAAACCUGCUCCAGAGCACUCAGGACCUCAGACUGGGGCGAAGGUUCACCUUCCAACAGGACAACGACCCUAAGCACACAGCCAAGACAACGCAGGAGUGGCUUCCGGACAAGUCUCUGAAUGUCCUUGAGUGGCCCAGCCAAAGCCCGGACUUGAACCCGAUCGAACAUCUCUGGAGAGAUCUAAAGAUAGCUGUGCAGCGAUGCUCCCCAUCCAACCGGACAGAGCUUGAGAGGAUCUGCAGAGAAGAAUGGGAGAAACUCCCCAAAUACAGGUGUGCCAAGCUUGUAGCGUCAUACCCAAGAAGACUCGAGGCUGUAAUCGCUGCCAAAGGUGUUUCAACAAAGUACUGAGUAAAGGGUCUGAAUUUAGCAAAAAAACUAAAAACAUGUUUUUGCUUUGUCAUUAUGGAGAAUUGUGUUUAGAUUAGUGAGGGUUUUUUCUUUUUUUAAAUCCAUUUUAGAAUAAGGCUGUAACGUUACAAAAUGUGGAAAAAGUCAAGGGGUCUGAAUACUUUCCGAAUGCACUGUAGAGUGCUAUUUAGUUAAUAGUAUUGAUGAUCACUUGUUUGAUUUGCAGCUUCCUAGUUUCUUUGUGAAGAGUCAUGACUACACCAUGUACACAAAUGAUAUCGAGUUCGUCAACUGUAUUCUAAAUGCCAAGACCAGGUAAAUGCUACUUUGUCUACUUAAUAGCAGUUUCUUACCUGAAAUGAAAUGGAAUUGACCCGAACCCUGAAAUGUAUACAUAUGUAACUUCACGCGUAUACACCCCCAUAGUAGGUCUAUAUUAUAAUACAGCUAUACUGUGUCCAUCUGUCCUCUAGGGGCAGAGUUCUGUACCAGCUGAGCCUGUCUCUGUGGAGGCUGCUGUGUCUCUGUUACUAUGCUGAGGCCCGGUUAGAGGUACUGAAGCUGACCAAGCACCCAGAGGACAGGACCAUCAAGGCCAGAUGGAGGGUAAGAGGACUGCCCUUCGUCUCUCUGCUGCUGAGAUUCUACCGCAAGGACAAAACUGACCUCUACAGGUACAGAAACCUGACUGGGAUCUGUUUAAUUUUACACAAUGUUCAGAUAGAAAUGUAUUGAUUUGAUUUGGUAUUGUGUGGAACGGAUAGUGUUUCUGGUCAGUGUUUCUCUUCACUGUUAAUUAAUUCUCUAUGAUCAUUCAUACUCUAAUGAACACGGUCUUUCAACAGGUCAUAUGAUGCAUUCUCUACCUUCUACCUUGGCCAUGAUGGACUCAUACAUUGUCACAAAGUGGAAAAAGUAAGUGACCCUGUGGUGUUCUGUCUCCUCUGACUCUGAAAUAGAAAUGCCUACAAAUAACUAAGAAAUACCCUCAGAUUCUGUGCUUUGCCUAAACUGAUCACCUCAAACUUGCUGAGUAUUGUUUUCCCGUCUUCCUCCAGGUGAUGAAGGCCCAGCCGCCCAUCCUGCCCGGGGUGACCACUCUGUUAGCGGGAGCCCUCGUGGCCCUGGGGGUCCAGGAGCACCGGCCGGCCCUCAACCUCCUGCCCCCCCUGCUCUCCUCCCUCCGACAAGACAGAGACUGAGAGAAACGGAGAGAAAGGAGGGUCUGGAGGAACAAGCAUGUGUGUACCAUGAGAGGAGUAAUGGAGCAAGAGGGAGAAACAUGCAAUCAGUGUUGUUAAGGAAAGAAACAAGUUUAACCCUGUUCACCCGUACAACGUUUUUCUCCUCCACAACUGUCCAAAACCAUUCUCUCUCUGGACUCCCACAGCAAUAGAAUAGCAGCUACUACUUUAUUUAAUAUGCAAUCCAGUUAAUAUGCAAUCCAGGACUUCAGUUUAUCCAAUAAGUCGAGUCGGUACCUUGAGUUGGUUCCUUGUUAACACACAAACAAACGAUUGCAUAGCACUUGUGUGAUGUUGAACCGCUCUCUGGGCCUAUACGCUCACACUACAUAGCCUGCUACUCGUACAAGUGUCUGCUAAAUGGCAUACAUUAUUGGACAAGACUGU